GGUUCAGCUCCGCCCAGACGCCGGCUGCCACGGCUGCGCGGCGCAUGCGUACAGGGAGUGCUCCUCUGUCACCUCACGGUCGGGACUGCCGGUGCCGUCGCCCGCCAGCAUGGAGCCGCCGCCCGCCUUGCACUCGGUGAAGCUCUACGUCUACGACCUGUCGAAGGGCAUGGCCCGCCGCCUCAGCCCCCUCAUGCUGGGGAAACAGCUGGAUGGCAUCUGGCAUACCUCCAUAAUUGUCCAUAAGGAUGAAUUCUUCUAUGGCAGUGGUGGAAUUUCCAGCUGUGCACCUGGAGGAACGCUGCUUGGCCCCCCAGACUCAGUUGUGGACCUAGGAAACACUGAAGUUACAGAAGAAAUUUUCCUGGAAUACUUGUCCUCGUUGGGGGAAUCGAUGUUCCGAGGAGAGUCUUAUAAUCUCUUUGAACAUAACUGCAAUACCUUCAGUAACGAAGUGGCACAGUUCCUGACGGGAAAGAAGAUCCCUUCCUACAUCACCGACCUUCCAUCCGAAGUCCUUGCCACACCCUUUGGACAAGCUUUGAGGCCUCUCCUGGAUUCCAUCCAGAUCCAGCCACCGGGCGGGAACACUUUCAGCAGACACAACGGACAAAGCUAACAGGAGUGGAGGGGUGUGCCCCACCUCACCAGGGCUUCCCCUUUUUAAACACAAAUCUACCAGAUUUCUAUUUUAUAAUUUCACAUCAGAAUUAACUCAAAGAAAGCAACAAGAUGGUUUUUUAGACUUUGUAGGUGGAGGAUUUAUCAGGUUGCAUGUAAAAUGCUACCAAAAAGGUUGUCAUCAUUUGAUAGCAUUAUACUAAUUUAUUAAGGCUGUCUUGUCCAAGCACACUGAUGCUUUCUAAGUAGCACCCAAGCUAGUGAAGGGGAUUUAAUUCUAUGAAAACUUGAGGACCUGCCACAAAGUUGGGAAUACCCACAGGGAAGCACUGAGUUAUAAAGCCUAACCAUCCCUUAGCAGACUACAUCUUUUUUUCCCCACUGCCCAUAAUAUGGAGCAUCUACUGCAUCCAUGAUGGGAAAAAACAGUGAGUUUUAUAACCCUAGAGUGAGGGCCCACCAGUAUUAAAGCCUUCUGAGUAAGUAUUAAUUUAAUGUUGUGUUGUUUGCUCCAUGCAGAAGUUGACCUAACCUGGUCAGAACAUGUCUAGGAGCAUGGUUCCAGGGGAGGAAUGUCCUGACUGAAUUAGCUGCUCACUUAUCAGUGAUGCUUUUUUGUUACAACCUUCUAUGCAGUUGGGUGCGAGUGGGAGAGCAUCUACUGCAGAGGCUCACCAGGAACAGACAGGAGGAUACUCAAAAGGGGAUACUCACAGAUCAUCAUCCCCUUAAAUGAGAAGGGAGAAAAACCGCAGUCGAGUAAGAACAAAAUGCAAUAAAACUUUUCCUUCUCCCCAAGCUCAUCAGUGCAGGUACAAAACCCUUGUAACUUUUGCAUGGGAGCUGAUGAAUCAGUGUUGCAUGUGCAUUAAGGCAAGAAUAGCAUGGCAGCUGCAUAACAACAUGUGGGCUGUGGGCUCAGCCUUCAGCAUCUAAUUACAGUCACAAAAUAGGCAGUAAAAGUCCCAGCCUUGUCUGAUAUCACAAUCCUUUACAUGAUAGUGGAAUCAGAGAGGAGUCUGAUUAAGUGCAGGCAGGGAGUAGAUAUCAGGUAAGCUGUCCAGAAGCAGCUCUCUAGUCUCCAUGCAGAUUUCCCCAAAUUUAAAGGGGAAAAAAAGCAAAGCUGAAGCAGCUGUUUCUAAAUCCUAUUUUUUCCCUUUUUUUCCAGUGGGUGUCAAAGAUAUUCAGGGGCUAUUGCUGGGAGUGAGCAAGGCUGAGCAGAGAUCCAACAGUUGUGUCAGGACUUCAUCCUCUGACUAAAGAUUACUAUAGCCUUUUACAAAUCUUCUUAGGGGAAGGAGGUGAUGGAGAGGAAGGAGAUAAACCAGAGUACUGGUAUCUGCUGUUUCUAGUUUAGGAGUGCUUUUUCCCUCCAGCAGUUGGAGUUAGGAAAGACAACGUGAGACGGACUUUUCCAUGUGCCUUGUGCAAGGGAAGUCUUAUGACCUGCCUCUCAAUCUCUAAUUGCACCAAGUGCACUGAAAACCUCCCAGGAUAUUAAAACAAGCGUGUCCUUUCUUUGCUAGGCUCCUUCUCCCCUUGACAACUAUUCCAAAAAGAUGUAUAUUAGGAACCUCUCUCUCUCAGCUUUAUUCAGUAAGGCCUCCCAAGUAGCUCCCAAGAGUUUGAGGGUGGAAGAGAAGGAUGACCUGGUUUCUUCCAGGUGUGUGCAAUUCCCCAUUGCCCUGGUGUAGCCCCUAGUGCACAUGCAAAGAGUCAAAUGCCUUCAUUUGAUUUGGCAGCAUUUUACAUCCUUUUUGCACAGCUGCAAGUAAUUCUUCCAGGACUAGGGCAGUGGUCAGGGUAGCCCAGAAUGUCUUUGAUUAUUUUAUCUGCUUGUGCCAUCGCAGACCUCUGCAGAAGCCUUUCACUGUAAGAGAUUUGCCUCUAGGUUGGAGAAAACAUAAGCAGUAGGAACCCAAUGGCCUUAGGAUCUGGCCUUGCUUUGUUACACAAAUUUGUAGCCGGCAGAAAGUGCAUAGUAUGCAGAAACUGUUGUAAAGUAAGUGCUAUCAGACCCCUUCUCUCUUCCUAAUCCAGAGGCACUAAUAGGCCUUUGCCUUCCACUAAGGAAGGUAUAGCUCAGUUUUCAUGUGCUGUGUAUGUCCUGUCCUUCCUCAUUCUGUUGUGUAACUCAGGACAAACCUGUAACCUAGCUUUGUAUCUUUAGGGAGACAGUGGUCCUGAACCAGGUGUCUACUUGACUGCCCCUGCCAAUUUCAGGACUUUUUACAACUUUUCUGGGAAGGAGGGGAGAAGAUGAAUGGCUUCUCCUUCUAUGUUUUGGAAUCUGCCCUUUUUCCCUAGAAUCUCAGUACAGAAAUAAUGCUGCUAUGUGAAUUACUUGGCAAAAUUUUACUCAACUAUACUGUGUUGCAAUAACAAUGCACCUCAGAUGGGGAAUUCCCCAAAGGGUCAUCUCUGUUUAAGACUUAACUCUGGGUUGCACAGCAAAUGGACUCUAUGAAAAAGAGUCCUCUGCUCUUAACAAAUGCAGUUGAAUAGUGAGUGCUCACAUUCUGUAUGCCUUUUAGAAACCCACCCCUUCAAAAGACGGUUAUGCAUAAGUUGCAGAAACAUAUACUGAGCAUUCCACCCAACCACUCUUAUUUAUAGGUAUAUAAAAUAGAUCGAGAUAAAUAUGUAGUGUAUAUAAUGAAAUGCUUCUGCUAGUUGACUGACAAAGGGACAGGGAAACUGAACUUGUUCUCUUGGAAAAGAACAGAAUCCCUUUGCCCCAAAUCCUAGUUCUGUCUUGUAUUGCUGGGGCUGCCCCAUGCCAUUUUUAAAACAUGAAUUAAUAAUGUUGUUAGGCAGAAAGUGAUGUUUGGUUUAUUCUGUUUUUUUUCUAUUACAAUAAACAGAAUUCCACCAGUGUUGUA